AUGCCACCGGCCAGGAAAGCCACGAGUGAACCCACCAAUUCUGCAAGUUGUCCACACAUUACCGAUUUUGUAAAGUAACUGACCAUUGCUAACGCUCAACAUCUGUUGUGAACCCCAAAUCUCACCUCACGACGCCGCCCGCCGCCGCGCCCACCUUCGCGUGUGUCACAGGAUCACGAGCAUGAGACGGAGGACGACGAUCAUAGAGGAGACGGGAGCAAGGGCAAGGGGAAGAAGUCGACCAAGUCAAAGUGCGUUGCAAUCUGGCGAAUCGACAUCUCACUGCGCCACGACAUCUGGGCCCCUUACGCCCUCGGUUACGCUACCCGAUCCCCGAGUUUCGCGGGGAGCCACCGGCUCAGCACAGGGUGACGGCUUCGAAGUACUGACACCUGCUUGCUUUCCUGCACUCAACCGAGUAGAGAGUCCGCUCAACGUAAACAGCAGAACCGACUAGCCCAACGUGAAUUUCGUCAGGUUCGUCCACGCCUCGACCCUGUUCGGGGGGGAGGCGCAGCAGCGGUCAAUUUCACUAUCGCAUCAAUUCACCGCUAACGCCGAUCAUCCUCUCCUCCGCCAACCCCCCCUCUUUGACCUUGAUCAAUCUAGCGCAAGCAAGCCUAUGUUAAAGAACUCGAAGUUCGGGUCAACCUCUUGGCUCGGUCCAAAGACGAUCAGUUGGAAGGGAUGAAACUGGUCGGUCCAUCGUGGCUUCGUAAAUUCCACGAACGACCGACUGAUACGGACGUCUUGAUGGGUCGCAGACGAUUCGUACGCUGUUGGACGAGAACCAAGAGCUGAGGGAAGUGCUGGGUCAUUUGGGUCGAUUCAUCGUACGUUACCGAGCAUUCUCGUCGAUAUCAUGGCAGGGCUUUCUUCCCUCCGGCUCCGAAGGAGUCGGUCACUGACCUCCACCUCUACAUUGUCAUUGUCGCGAUACCGCAGGGCUCGGGACUUGGUGGCUGUCUGCCCGAAAUUGGCCUUAGCCCAGAAGGUCAGUAACUGAUGGGAUGGUUGGACUGCAGAUUUGCUCUCUAGGAACGUCCUGUAUUGACCAGAGUGCGAUACCCAUAUACAGAGCUCAAGAGGUUGGCCGCCCGAGGUCGAUUAGAUGCCGUUCACAAGAUCAUUGAGCAGAUGGACCGAAAGGAUUCGAAAGAGCAAGAUCCAUGGGCUCGCAAACGCAGUUCGAGUCAGAACGGGCGAGCAGAAUCGUCGAACCCAAAUGCCGCCAGCGGAACUUCCGGGCAGACCGUCGCGACGACGAGUGGUAGUGGCGAUGCCACCGAGUCGAACAAGGCUACAGGGAAGAAGAGGGCCCGAACUUUGGAUUCGACAUCGAGUCUUUCUGCGCAACCCGGGGGACCCGAUGCCAUGAACGACAUGAAUGGGUACUUUUCUAUUGACCCGACGUUCAUGGCACCUUGGAGUCAGGGCUUGCAAGAUGAACCGAAUGGAUCCCUUGAAGGGGUUUCACUGUUGUCGAGCAACGACCAACGAAUCACGCCCCGGCAGGUCGUCCGAGAACGACGACUGCUGGAAGGGUACCCUGCCGCCACAGCGACGACAACAUCAACUACAUCAGCUUUCGGCAACGGAGGUAUGUCCAACAAGAAUACGACGGAUCUCGGUGCGUCGUCGUCCUCGGUCACCGGUACUUCCUCCAUCUCUCCUGAUCCGCCCUAUCACCACAACACCCAUGAAUCAACGUCGACGCUCGAGGACGUGCGGUCCGAGAUGCGCCAACAGCACGAGGAAGCGAAUGCGGUGAUCAGAGACCUGAUCAUCUCGUUCAACUUGUCGAGCGAAUUCUGGACCAGUACGGACGAGGAUGGGGCCAAGAUGUUUGUCCAAUUCGUCAGUGCACUCUGAAAAAAGGUGGAACGAAAGAGGAUAUGAAAAGCUGAUGCACUGGCGUAUUAUGCAGAUACUGAACCUCUUGUCGCACCCUACGGACAACGCCAAGCUACAAGCGAUCCAGCUGAUAGCAUGCAAGUCCUCUCCACAAGGCUCCUGCCCACCACGUCAAACUCACCAUGGUUCGUUCUUCUGCCUCAGAUCACGUCCGGAACAAGCUCGAAAACCCAUCGUACCACCUCCCCCCGGCCUUACGAGCGACCGAGAUUCAGCAAUCGAUCCCUCACCCCCCCUGGGUCGACGGUAUCAUCUUCUCUUCACUCAGGGAUCGAGUGAUCCUUUUACCCAAAGGUCGAUGCGAUCUACCCGUUUUAUGGAACGAUAUAAUGGAUCAUGUCGAAUGUCAUGAGAACUCGGAUUGGUCAGUUCAAAACCCCAUCUUUCAAAUAGGAGCUUGCGUCCGUCCCUACUGAAAAAGAUCCCACUUUCUUCUUCGCUACAGUCUCUCCCCAGCGAAUUGGGAGAUUUCGGAACACUUUAUGAAAAAGUACUGGUACCUGAUCGACGAGAACGUGUUGACGAUCAGUAAUCGAUGGAGGAUGGAGCGAGGGGAAAGAAUGUUGGAAAUGAAGGAUCUCGUACCCGUUUAA